AUGAAAGCGUCGCCCAGAAUUUUCUACAUGGCGAUAGCAUGGCCUUCGGGCCUAGCUUUUGCGACCUCCAAGUCACGAUCCAGGCGAAAAACCUUCGGGAAGCACGCAACCUUCAUGAUCAGUUCCGUUGUACAACCCCCAGAAAUCAAAGCUGAUCCAGCAGUCAAAGAGUACCUGGAACAACACAGUGGUAUGGAUGCCCUUCUGGCUUCGCAUUAUGCCAAAAUUCUCGCCCGUGACCCCAUCGCCCUGGCAAAGAACGAACUCAAAUCCUACGAAAGCCUCGAUGUCUUCGAAAUCCUCCACUCUGCGGUCUGGCCACACGCCGAUCUUAAACUGCCCUCCAAGAACGGCGAGGCAGGGUGGCGGGUUGAAUUCCGUCCCCUGGAAGUACAAUUGACCGAUUUCGAAAACGCGGCAUUUGCAGUGUUCAUUGCCCCCUCGCCCGCGCUAUUCGGCGUUAUGACCUCAACUUUUAUAUUCCGAUAG